GCGAGGCGCGGCCCGGGCCGCACGUGGGGCCUGCUCACCUCUGGGCCCGGGCCGCCUUUGCCGCCGCCCGGCCCCGUGCCCGGAGGUUGCGUUCCCUCCUCGGCGGGGCGGGGCCGCCGUGUCUGCUGAACGAUGUCCCCGCCGCCGGCGGAGGCGGUGCCCGAAGCGGUGCUGGAGCGGUGGCGGCAGUACAGCGAGAGCGAGCGGCACUGGGCUGCGCGCCGCCGCUUCAUCCUCCGCCACCUGCACAGUUAUCCCGGCGCCGCCAUCGACCGGCUGCUGGCGCUGUCCGUCCUGUGGAGCAACCACGUCUUCCUGGGCUGCAGGUAUGGCUCACAGGUCAUGGAAAAGGUUCUCAAGAUGGCAGAGGGCAUCGACAUCGGGGAGAUGCCGACGUUUGAACUGGUCCCCAGCAAGAAGCUGAAGAGACAGCGGUCCCCACCUGACAGUCCAGAGCGGAAAGAGGUUGCUGAGCCUCCCCAGAAGGUCCCUAAGUUCCGUGUGCGGCCACGUUUUGAACCCAUCCACUUCGUAGCCAGUGCUGAGAAGGAUGGCAAGAAGGAAGAUUCUCUGGACAGCCAAACACAGGAAUUGCACCAAGAAGCAAAUACAGAUGGUGUGACACGGCCAGCUGAAAACUGUAUAGAUUCUCAUUUUGAGAAUGCCCAGCGAGUGGAUCCCCACAUCUCCAACUCAGCUGGGUUUGGCUUUGCGAGCCACGCAGCGACUCCCAAUAAGGCUGUGAACAGUACGGACGUUGCCACCAGUGGCACAUUGCAGGUUUCUGUUCCUCCCUCAACUGUCCAGUCUGUAUCAGAGACUUUCCCUCCAUCUGCUAUAGUGCUGAAGCAGAGUUUUAUUGAGAAACUGUCAGCAGCUGUUUGGAAAAAUCUUGCUAACCCAGAAACAAACAUUGGGACCGAUAAAAUUAACUAUACGUAUCUCUUGACACGUUCAAUUCAGGCAUGCAAGACAAAUCCUGAAUAUAUUUAUGUUCCUCUGAAAGAAAUUGCCCCCGCCGACCUCCCAAAGAGUAAGAAGCUCCUGACAGACGGCUUUGCUUGUGAAGUACGAUGUCAGAAUGUCUACUUGACCACUGGUUACGCCGGCAGCAAAAAUGGAUCCAGGGAUCGAGCCACAGAACUGGCAGUCAAGUUGCUGCAGAAGUCUGUAGAAGUUCGGGUUGUGCAGCGGAAGUUCAGGCACACCUAUCACGAAGACCUGGUGGUGUGCCAGGCAGGUGUGAGUAGCCCAGAUUUCCCUCCUGCUCUCAAACCUCACGAGGAGUUUGUAGUAGCCAACAGGGACUGCGUCCCAGCACAGCCCGGCGCUGAACCCGCCAAAGCUUCCCCUAACACCAGCAAGCACUGGACUAGCUUUGUCCUCACUGAGAAUGCCAGCGACGCAAUAGGAAUACUUAACAAUUCUGCCUCGUACAACAAAAUGUGUGUUGAAUAUAAAUAUGACUACAUGCCCAACCGCAUGUGGCGUUGCCGAGUGUUUCUACAAGAUCACUGCUUAGCUGAGGGAUACGGCACUAAGAAGACCAGCAAGCAUGCUGCAGCUGACGAAGCGCUGAAGAUUUUGCAGAAGACGCAGUCGAAUCUAACAGCCAUCAAAAUGACCCAGGUUCAGAAAGUGGGCCGCUCAUCGCAAGGCUCUGGGAGGAAGAAGGACCUGAAGGACCUCGUGGUUUAUGAGAACUCCGAUAACCCGGUGUGCACGCUGAACGACACGGCUCAGUUCAACAAGAUGACGGUCGAGUACGUCUUCGAAAGGAUGACGGGCAUGCGAUGGAAGUGCAAGGUGCUGCUUGAAAAUGAAUUCAUCGCAGAAGCAGUUGGAGUGAAGAAAUCUGUCAAGCAUGAGGCAGCAGAGGAAGCUGUGAAAAUCCUCAAAAAGACUCAGCCAACUGUGGUUAACAAUCUGAAAAAAGGCACCAUCGAAGACGUCAUCUCCAGAAAUGAGAUCCGGGGGCGAUCGGCAGAGGAUGCUUUGAAACAGAAAAUCAAAGAAGACAACAUUGGGAAUCAAAUCUUAAGAAAGAUGGGCUGGAAGGGUGGUGGCCUCGGGAAGGAUGGCGAAGGAAUUAGAGAACCUAUUUCAGUGAAGGAGCAGUUUAAAAGGGAAGGGCUGGGGCUGGAUGUGGAGAGGGUAAAUAAAAUCGCUAAAAGAGACAUUGAGCAGAUCAUUCGAAACUAUGCCCACUCAGACAGCCACGUCGACUUGACAUUCUCUACAGAACUGACCAACGAUGAACGGAAGCAGAUACAUCAGAUUGCCCAAAAAUAUGGUCUCAAAAGUAAAUCUCAUGGCCAGGGCCAUGACAGGUACUUGGUGGUAAGCAGAAAGCGGCGCAAGGAGGAUCUGUUGGACCAGCUGAAGCAAGAAGGCCACGUUGGGCAUUAUGAGCUUAUCAUGCCUCAAGCAAAUUGAGGUUCACUGCCCGAUUUUACUGGUGAAAAUUACAAAAGACAUUUCUAGAUACCUGGUUGAAGAAAAAGAUGCUGCAUUUCUUGUUGCGUGAUACGUUAACGUUAAAAUCUUUUACUUUGCUCAUAUGAUUUCUAAAAUGUUGCUAGACAAUUAGGACUGGCCAAGUUCUAUUUGAGCACAUUAGCACAACCCAACAGCCAUCAGUAGUGCUGUUACUGUAUGUCUUUGAUAUUACUUGUUCCUUCACAUUUUAAUAGUUUUGUAAUAGCAAAAACACGUCCAACCAGAGAGAAUUGGACACCAUUUAAAAUUAUACUUCCCUUACUCUUCAUAACCUUUUU